GAUAAAUGUAUGUAGGUGCCAGAUGUGGCAGAGUCUAUAUAAGACCCAACAUUUGUGUUCAAAGAAGGUUCACUUAUUAUGCCAAGUUUGAGACACAACAAACAACUCUGUACGAUCAUCACCAACUCUCCAUGCUCUCUCAUACUCUUAUGCUUUCUUCACUCCACUCUCACCCUGUUUCAUCUUUCUUCCAUCUUCCACCAAAUUAAAAACCCAAACCAACAUAACAUAACAUAACAUAACCCAACCCUUUCUUUUCUUUUCUAUUCACACCACUUGGUUAGUGUCUCUUUCUGUAUCAAACAAUGGACGAGUUUCUCUUGAAAGCUGAGAAGGCCAACGCCAUUCGAAGACACAACAACGACAUUUUCGCCGUCUUUUCCAAAGCCCUUCGCAUUCUCGAACUUUGUCUCGUCCUUGUUCUCCUCUCGUGGAUCCUCACGCGCCUCCCCUUCGCGCUCGCACUCUCCGCCGAGUUCCUCCGCCGCCUCAUCGCCUUCGCCGCCAGCCCCCUCGUCGUCUUCGCCGUCUCCAACGCCAUCAUCGCCGCCCUCCUAGCCCAGUCCCGCCGCCUCUCCGCCCCUCACUCCGCCGACUCACUUUACCGCGAGUUCCUCCACACGCGCACUGCCGUCACCGAACCUCACGCGCCUCCGUCACCGCCGCCGUCACCGCCACCGCCAGAGCCCGAGUUUCACGACAAGCAGGUCAUCGUCGAGACAGUGCAUGACGCGCCUUCCGCCGGAGCGGCCGCGAAGUACCGCAGGAGUCAGUCGGAGAAGAUAAAGGUGGACGCCGCCGGGAAGCUGCCGCGCCGGAAGCAGCUGCGGCGGUCGGAGACCGAGAAGAGGGGCGAGUGCUUGCCGGAAAUUUUGUACCCGCAGGAUGAGCUCAGCAAUGAGGAGUUUCAACGCGCCAUAGAAGCGUUCAUCGCGAAGCAAUUGAGGUUUCUGCGAGAAGAGUCUUCCGCCAUUGUUGUUCAGAAUCCCUCGUAGAUUUUAAAACCUAGGGAAAAAAAUAAAUAAAAGAAAUGCGUUCAAUAAUCAAAAUCCAUUCCAAAAAAAAACAAAAUUAGAGAGAUAAUAUUAAAUAUAAUACUACAAGGCACUACUCGUUUCCCUUCUGAUCCAAUUAACUGUAGCGUACAGUGUUGAUAUAUAUAUAUUUUGAUAUUUUGACCCUCAA